UCUCUUCUCCCACCUCCCUGCGUGUGGAAGAGCGUUGGACCCGUGCUGUGGCGGCGCGUGUUUAUCAGGCUGGAGGAGCUGCAGCAAGCUGCAGCAAAGCGAGCUCCCGCCAAUGGCUUGUGAUGACCUCUGAAUGUCAGGGCUGUCUGGGGAGCGAGCCUCGACUAGGAGAAACGGCUGCGCUUCUCUUCUGCUGUGACUGCAGCAGCUGGGUGCCUAGCAUGCAAGAGCCAUCACCAGGAUUAGAUCCGUAUCUUAGGGAUGUGCAUCACAGUUCUUUGAGGUGGCUGCGCCGGUAUGUGCUUCGGCGGCACUAUUCGCUCACAGGUGUUUGGGGGUAGAGGUGAGAGUGAUAUAAACUAAAAGGCAGAUCUGUAAAUGGGCAUCGGAGAACAGGAAAUGCUGAUCAUAAAGAUGUCAUUAGUUUCAUGUGUUUCUUUUGUAACUGUGGGCAAAGCGAUGGAUGUCAUAACUCGAAAUGGUGCAAAGCUGGUAGGAGUAAUACUUCAUGAGCAGCAAAUUAAGUAUAGGACUGAAGUUGAAAAACAUAAUAAAUAAAUAAAUAAAACCCAUGAUUUGCUAUAGAAAAAAAUAAUCGCAUCUUAUAAAAAAAAUCUUAACUGCCUGUCAUGUUUUGUUUACUUUUGGAUGCAAACCAUCAGCAUAAGAGACUUUGCUGGAAGAAAAUACUUUGUAUGCACACACACCUUAUACAUAUAUAUAUAAAAGGGACCUGAAUUAUUUCCCAAAAGAGAAAAGGCUGAGAAAAACUAGGACUGUUCAGUCUGGCGAAUAGAAGGCAAAGAGGCGAUUUCCUCACUCUUUAUAAAUAUCUAAAGUGUGGGAGUUAAAUGGUUGGGUCCAGGCUCUCUCCAGUGCUGUGCAGUGACAGGACAAGGACCACUAGGCAUAAACUGGAAUACAGGUGUAGAGGAAAUACUAAGUCACAGCUUGAAGCAGUGAUUGAGCACCUGGUAGGAAGGCAGAGCCAAUUCAAGGGAGCUCAGGUGCAUGCAAUCCACCUGAGGGACCGGAAGGAGUGGAGCCAGGAUCCACCCCUUCUCACAUCUCAUUAAAGAGUUGGCAGUGGUGGUAAGGGUAUCUUCUUGGAGAUCUCUGUGCAUCUGAGGCCUUCUGAAGGAAUGAAGUGGAAGUCAGCUGAACUAAUGUGCGCGCUACUGAGACGAAAUGACAUUUAUGUUUGUGAUGAAUGGAAAUCAUGGCAGCAUCUAACAUGGGAGGAAAAGACAUGAAUGGACAAUGUGGCGUGACUCACUCAGACUGCAAAUCUUCUGCCUUCUUAUGGCAGUACUGGCUGUUGUGGUGCUGGUCCAUAACUUUUUUCAGUUAGAGCACCUGGAUGACUACACAGUUUCAGGAUCAAAUUGGAUAACAGAGAACAAUGACCAGCCUUCUCUAUCACAGACAACUAAAACUACCAGGAAGCCUUACUGUGGUUAUGAGCAGCAGACUUUGUCCAAAAGAGAACGAGCUGAACAGGAAUCAUUGCUUGCUGCACUACAAUGGCCGAAACCCCCUGACGGCAAAAUUGCUUUUUUACAAAGCACUGAUCCAGUACACAGUGACUUUGUGAUUGUGAAGCCCAGCAGGUUCUUCAAGGUGGGUGACCAGUUAGAGGUGGUUGUUCGUGUGAGGGAUUUCCAAGGAAAACCCAAGCAAUAUGGUGGAGACUAUCUACAGGCACGAAUCCAUUCUCCUGUGCUGAAAGCUGGAGCAAUAGGAAGGAUUGUAGACUGCCAUAACGGCCUUUACAAAGUCUUUUUUACGUUACUUUGGCCAGGAGAGGUCAAAGUAUCUGUGACUCUCGUUCAUCCAAGUGAAGCAGUCCAAGUCCUCCUGCGUUUACGAGAAGAAAGGCCUGACAGAGUUUAUUUCAAAAGCUCAUUCAAGUCUGGGAGGUUUUCAGAAACUACUGAGUGCAAUGUAUGCUUGCCUGGAGAUCUUCCAGUCUGUAACUUCACAGAUCUCUACACUGGUGAGCCCUGGUUCUGUUACAAGCCACGAAAACUGUCCUGUUCCAGCCGAAUCAGCCAUGCCAAAGGUGGAUAUCAAAAAGGCCUUCUGACACAUGAAGAAAGCCUCUUUUUCCAAAGUGAUGUGAACAUCAAAAUGCCCAUACUCUCCAGAGGACCUGACUCGGUGAUUGUAAAGCCCAAGGCAUUUACAGAUUCAAGCAAUAUGGACAGGGCUGAAGAUCCCACAGUUUCCCCUUCUGGUUAUUACUAUGAAGAUCUUUGGAGGCCAAGAACACACUGGAUUUAUCAUUUUAACAAGUCAGAUGAUAUAAGCAAGUGCUUGCAAGGAAAAGUAAUCCACUUGUUUGGAGACUCUACAAUAAGGCAGUGGUUUGAGUAUCUGACUGCAGCUGUUCCAGAUCUAGUGGAGUUUAAUCUGGGGAGUCCUAAGAAUGUGGGCCCUUUUAUGUCUGUGGAUCUGAAGCACAAUAUCCUACUGAAGUUCCGCUGUCACGGACCACCCAUUCGCUUUACAACAGUCUUUACAAGUGAACUGCGCUACAUUGCUAACGAACUGAAUGGCAUCGUUGGGGGGAGAAACACUGUGAUAGCCAUAACUAUAUGGUCCCACUUCAGCACUUUCCCUGUGGAAGUGUAUAUCAGGAGGCUGAGGAACAUUCGGAGGGCAGUUAUUCAACUGCUGGACCGCAGCCCCAAGACUUUAAUCGUCAUCAGAACCGCAAAUGUUCAGGAGCUUGGGCCAGAAGUGAGCCUCUUUAACAGUGACUGGUAUUCCCUUCAGCUUGAUUCUGUCAUGAGGAAAAUGUUCUCAGGAAUUGCUGUGCACUUUGUGGAUGCCUGGGAGAUGUCUCUGGCUCACUACUUGCCACAUAACUUGCACCCAAAAGAAGUAAUUGUUAGGAAUCAAAUAGAUACAUUUCUAUCUUACGUGUGCCCUCUGCAAAUUUAGCACAAGUAGGCAUCCCUGUGUCACGUUUUGCUGCAGCUGAGGUAAAGUUGGUCUUUGCCAGAGCUACGAAGUUUAUGCUGGAUGGUGUGGGAGAACUCUGCUUAUUGUAUCUGCAUUCAGUAUAAGCAGGCUGGCCAUAAAUCUAGUAGCUGCGAGGGGUAGUGGAGAAGAGUUAACUGUUCAGGCCAUGCCUUGUGCGGUUGAUUCCUUAGAAUCUUAUUUAUAUCUCAGAUUAUUAGCAAGCACCUUAAAUUGACAAUAUUCAAUAGGGAAUUAUGUGGGUUGUUAGCUUUACUAGUUAUCUGCACUGUAUGUUUAGUCCACAUAACGUGGAAUCUGCUCAGAACUGGGUGGAAUCUAGUGAAAGAAUUAUUUGGGAGCAGUUUUUCUCCCACACUCACUCUCUCUGUCAACUCAGAGUUGGAGGAGGAUCCCCUGCAGUCCUACGUUGGUCAGAGAAGCACAAUGCCUAUUCUUUUCUCAAAGUCCUAAUCAGAAAUGUGAAGUGUGUCUUAAAGCUGCUAUUGUCAUUCAAGGAAGCUUAAUCAUAAUAUCUAUACUAUGAAGUCAUCAGGAGUUGGCUAAAAUUUAGUAAAGCACACUAGUUAGGCAUUCUUGGUGUUUACAGAUAGCUGCUAAAUAAUGCAAAUGGCCAGUAUUUUAGUUGGGUUUCCUGUACUACUGAAUCUCUUCUGAGUUUUGAUACUGUCGUCUUCUUGAUUUAUCUGUAACAAAGCAAAGUGUGUAUGUUGACCCCAGUGAAGGCACUGUCUCAGGCAAUUUGUGCAUGUUAAAACUGCAAGCUUGCCUGCUCGAGGCAUUUCCUAAUGAAAUCAUUUUACUUCCCUGUUAGAUAAACUUGUUCCUUUAUGCUCUUGCAAAGCUGGGCUUCUGUUGUGUACUUUUAUACAUACAUAAUACACUGUGUCAGGAGAAGCCAAGUUACUUGAAUACACUUAACAAUUUGUGAAUGGGUCACAUAAGUUUGGCAUAAACUAGCAUCAAGGCUUUGUGCUGAUGUCCUCCUUUCCUUCUGUGUUGAGCAGUUUUAUUACUUACACUGGCAACGGUGAAGCUGUUGAAUAAAAGGUGACAGAAAAAUAAUAAAAAUCCCACCCCUGUAUAAAACAUCCAGGAAUGCCCUUCACACAGGUGCUUGGUAAAUGUUUGCUGUUUUGCCCAUGUGAAUGCAGGUGGCUCUUGGGCCUUCUGGAACUGUUUUCAAUGCUACCAAUUUGACUGAGCCUGCCUAUAGUUUUAAGAAGUAGCACUUUGAACAUUUUGAUUAAAUUCAGCUCUGAAAUUGCAGAGUAGGAACGUGUUCAGGGUUGUCUUACUUCUGGUCCCACUCAAGCCAAAGUUGAUCUUUAUCAAUGGCUGUACUGAGAAAUGUGUCGAGACACAUGUAGUAGAGUGCUUCUGAAGAAGUCCAUAGUGCUUAAAGAGAAUAUGAGUCUAUUAUUUGUGAGCGAACUGAGAAGAUAAAAAUUGAACAAAUGGGCAGGUUGCAGAGUGCAGUAACUGAAAUGCCUUUGUAUCAGAAGUGUUUUGCUCUCUGCCAGGUCUGUUGCCAUGUAUGAGAAGACUGUGCUCUUGUUACUGGGUACUGAAGGGAGCUUAUACUGCUAGCUACAGGAAUGCUGUUUUAAAAACAAAUGUAGGUGCUUUUAGCACGUAGAAGUCAACGGCAUCCAUCAAUAAGCUUAACAAAUUGAAAAAGUUUAAAAAUCACUGUAGGAGUUGCAUACGGCCAACUAGCAUUAAACCUUACCUUUUCAGACCAGAAUUCAGGGUGUCCGCUUUGUCAUUUGCUACUGACAACUGCCUUGCUUGGUGUCUGUGAAUAUAUUAGCUUUAGGUAAGUGUUUCUUACUUGGAUAUGUUAAUAGCAAUGCAUCUGCUGCCAGUAAGAGACCACACCAAUUCAGUCCUGGGAAUGUAAACCACCAGCUACCACAAUGCAAAAUGACUUUUCAUCUUCUCUAGGUGCAUUUUUAAAAUGGGUAGAGUAUAAAGCUUUCAUCCUGAAUAAGAAAUCUAUCCAAAUAACAUGAAUGAAAAUUAAUGAAUUAAUGACAAGACUUCAAACUCUUACUUUGAAGGAAACUACUUAAUUUGUAGAGUAACCUUUUGGUUUUCCUCAAAACGGUGUAUCGUGUGAAAGCACUGUGACAGCAUGUUUCUUAUCUGAAUGUUCUGUUGUUUGCUAGUGCUCUUCAACAGCAACUUCUCAUCACUGUUAGCCAUCAAAAACAGAGAGGAAGAAAUCUUGAAUGUUAUGACAAUCAAGAGAACUAGAUUUCUAUUAGCAAAAACGUCUAAUCACCUUCUGAUAGAACCUCUGCCUUUCAGAUUAAUUUUUUAAUAACAUAUUAAUGUGCAAGUCAUGAACUUGAGGAAAAUUGACCAUUAAUGUGGGCUGAGGGCUGAUGGUUUAUUCCUUUGUACUCUGGAAUAGACAUGAAGAAGAAAGGGAGAUACUGAAGAAUUACUGAUGUUAAAAGACGAAGACUGAGGGCAGAAUGCUUUUGUCAUUCGGUUGAACUGUAAGCUUAUUUUCAUCUCUAUUCUCCUUUUGCUACCAGUUUCACCAGUUGUGUACAUACUGUAUAUAGUAACAUAAUCAGAAGCAAUAAAAUAUUUUUAAAUCACUUUCUGUAAACCUUUAGGGUUCUAAAUGGGCUUUAAUGAGGACUUAAAAGAUUGGUUGUUUUUCGAGUUACUUAAUAUGAAAUGGGACUCAAAAGGAAUUUUGCAGUUGUCAGUGGAGUAUCUUCAUUUACAUGUAGAAAUUUCUUUCAUGAGAUUUUUCAAAGCCCUGUUUUUCUUUUCAUUCCCUUCAGUUGAAUGGAAGAAAAUAUGCUAUUUUGGAUAUUUUUAUUCCUAACCCUGAGCCUUUUGAUUAUUAAUCAUAAGUUUUCUUUACCUUAAUUUAUUUAUUCCAUGUGCAGCUCACUGAAGUAUCAGUGAAAAACUCUGUGUAUUUUUUUAUGGUGUUCAACAGAAGAUAUCAGAGCAAUCUGUAAAGCAAUUAAUCUUCAUUUUACGAUUAGACUGGUACUCAGUGAUUUCCUCCUACUGAUAGUUUGACCUUGCUUUUCAUGACAUUGCUUUUCAAAAGCCACGUUAGGCAGGUUUCUUAAUUCUAGAUGCUUAGUGGAAAUGUUAUUUGAGUUCUUGAUAAAAGAGAAGACAAAAGGCAGUUGUUAUGACUUUUUUUUCAAUUUCAGUUGUUUAAUUUCUCGUGUUUGCAACACGACUGCACCUUUACUUUGAGACUCAAAUGAGUAGUUUGGAUUAUUCUUAAUUGUUAAAGCCUUUAAGCCUUUAAAAAAAAGGAAUGUUGCAUACUAGAAGGGUCAGCAUGAUUUCUUCUGUACUGCAGAUAAUGCUUCCAUGCACACAUGACAAACACAAACAUCUGAAGUUGUCUGCUGGUUAGGGUAAGACUAUUGGGUUUUUUACUUUUUUUUUUCAGAAGCAUGAGUUAAAACUUCUUUGUACUCAUGGUUAAGUAAUAGUAAAAAAAUGUCUGUCUCAAAAUGCAUAUUUAACUUACAAAGCUCUUACUUACCAAGUCCAGAUCACUUCUUCAUACUCAGUCCAUGCUACGCAUUUAGGCUGUUCAGAAGGCUCUUGGUGGCAGUGGAAGUCUCUGUAUGUUAGAAAAAAGAAUGUGUUUUACAGGUGUCUUUUUUCUAUUGUAUGGAUAAUACUGAGAUGCUUACAGUACAAAGAAGGCUGUAACAUAUUAUUGCCUGAUGAGAUUGGAAAAGCCAUUCAAAUAGCCAAAAAGCUCAGAGAUUAAAAAGUUCCUAUUAAAAUGGGCAAGCUUGUGCACCAGGCAUGUUUGAUCUGAUUUGGUAUCAGUUUAUCUUGUUUGCCCUAACAUCACAUAGCUUUUCUUCUUUUUAUAGUUCCUUUAGAAAUGUGUCACACUUCCCUUAGUUUUACUUAACUACCAUAUUAUGUGUUGCAUGUUGGGUAGAAGUUUUAUACAGCAAUUUAUAGAUAAAAAUCUUUUUUUUUUUUUUUUCAGAUGAUGUACAUAUAUUUGGAGAGGUGUGAUCUGUGCAAGUGGCUCAAGCCUGGCACCAGACCCAGUACUGAAACACAUUGUUUCCUGUUGUCAGUGUGUCAGUCCUGACGUAUAAGAAAACUUUGUACGUAAUGUAGGCUUCUUUCUCUGAGGGCUUUGAAAACCCAGUUGGCCAAUGGAAAAUCCUUCAGUCACUUCAUUACUCUAAGUAAUGGAUGCAAUGGUGUAGUUUGAGUAUGUGCCCGCUGCCAUGUUAGGACAUAAGCUGUGCUUGCCCUGUGGUGGCUUGAGAGCUAGGCUGGAGGAGGUGGGGGCUGCUGUUGGGUUGCCCUGGGGUUACACUGCAGCCAGGAUUCACAGCUGGGAAGCAAGUAAGCAGGGUGUAUUGCCAACAAUACCCUGUUUGACUUGGAAAAAAUCCCUCAACUAUAAAUUCCUGGUAAGUGGAAGUGAGUAUACACCGAGGCAGAACUGCAAAAUGUUUUCUGUUCUUCUGUCCCUCCUCUCAUUUAAUGCUGACCCUAGAAGGAAGCAGGAUCUGAGGCAAUGUCCUGUGGAGUCACCCAAGUUGCUGUUCUUCUGUGAGCUUCUGUGCUGCCAUUGUGUCCCAUCUGCUCAUCCAACUGAAAAAGGAGUAGGGGGCUGCAAAGUGUAAGAUGCUUUUUAGUGUGAUGUGAGAUCAGGCCUCAGACAUGCUUAGAGAGGAAAGGGGGAAUAAGGAAUAGGAAAGGGGAAGCAAAAAUAACAGGGUUGAGGGGAAGGAAGAAUGUUGUGCAAAGGUCUUCUGUGGUUCUGUGGAGAUGUGUUCUUCUGCAUCGAAGAGAGAAAUGAAGUUAUUUGGUCAUGCCAAGGUUUUCAUAGGUGAUAAUAGUAACUGUGAGGGAUGGAGUCACUUCUGUGACAUAACACCCUGAAAGACAUAUAUUGCUUUCCAAAUAUGUUGAAAAGGAAUAGUUCUUCUCACUCAGGCUGUUCAGACACUUCUUUCUCAACUCCCUUCCUGACUGUAAUGCAAUACAAGUUGUUUCUUAGGCACUGCUGUAAAACUUUUUGCUUAUGACUUGUUUAUAUAGCCAUGUGUACUGGGUUGUCAGACGUCUGUAGACAUGAUAGAUAACAGAGGUGAAGAACUUUUUAAACCAAACCCAAAACACGGAAUAAGGAGCAGUAUACAAGCAGACUUGCAUCAUGUGCCAGGUGCUGUUCAGAGCUGGUGGUGACUCAGAGAAGGUCUCUAACUUUCCUGAAGUGAAACAAGUGCUUGGCACAGAGGGGACUGGAACUUGAGUUUCUGACAGUAGGGCUGGAGCAUUUCUGACAAUAAGGCUGGAGCCAAACACAUCUGCAUCGCUGGUCAGUGGUGCUACACUGGGUCUAACAAAGAGUUGAGACCUGAGGGUUUUUGAUCCGGUUUGUCGUGUUCAUCCCGUGGUUUAUCACUGCAUCCUUAGUUAGCAAAGUACUGCAUAAUUUCCAACACAUCAGCUGUCCUCCUUAUGGUACAGGAAGCUCUGAAAUGAGGGAAAUGUUUUAUUAUCUCUCCAAAUCUGGAUCUUGGAGUCUCUCCUGAAAUGUUUAUUCUGUUGCUUUCACACAUCUGAGCUCUCAUAUUAGGUUCCCUAGCCCACUUCUGGGCCGUAACUCAAAUGUUAUCCUUCUUUACUGCUUGUUUUACUACAUCUAGUCUUUUGGAAUAAAAUAAACUGGUCUGUGUUCUGAUUC